CCUUGUUUUUGGAGAUGCUGAGAUAAAAAGUUGUAUUUAAGAGCUGCUGCUGCUCUUGUGAAGUAUCCACACUCGGACAGACUGAAGCUACGCUGAGACACGAGACGAGAAGCAUCAUCUCAUCAUCAACGUCACGAUGAAGCUCUUGGCUCUCUGCGCUCUCCUCUGUGCCAUGGUGGCUCUGAGCAGCGCUGAAGCUGCUGCAGAGCCGGAACCUGAGAACGCAAAAUCAGAAGAGGUCGAUGUUGACAAGAGGACGUGCUGGUGUUGGAGCCGUCCAAGUUGGACUAAGAUUGGUUGCCGCUAUUUCUUCUACAUUCGAAAACCUCUGACUUGGCAUCAGGCUGAGAGGAACUGCCGCCGCCUCGGUGGACACCUGGCAUCUGUGCAUUCAAGACGGCAGUACCUUAAAAUCAGAGCGCUGAUAAAAAAGAGCUCUAGGGGGAGUCCAGUGACUUGGAUUGGAGGCACUGAUCGGUGUAGGGAGGGUCAUUGGCGCUGGAGUGAUGGUUCCCGCCUCAACUACAAAAACUGGUGCUGUGGAGAACCAAACAAUGCUGGAAAUCAGGACUGCUUGCAGAUGAAUUUCUCCCGUCGCAAAUGCUGGGAUGAUGCCCAGUGUUGGCUUAAGCGUCCCUCCGUCUGUGUCAGAAACAGGAGAUGGUGAUUUCUGGUCCGAUUCGAAAGGCAUGAAGAACCUGGAACGCUCUAAAUCUCUUUUAUUCUCUCUCUCUAUCGCUGUAACGCUAAAAGAAAGACGCGACACGUGACGACAACAGGAGCUGGAUUGUCUCUGAGGCCUCGUGCCCGUAAUAAGUUCAGACUGAAAUGUAAUGGAAAGGAUGCUUUAAGCACAUCUUAAUUUUUUCUUUUAAAUGAACCCUUUUCUUCCUUUUCUUAUGCAAAAUAAAAAAAGCUUUGAGCAAUGAAAAAGAAAA